AUGUCUUCUUCGUUUCGGGGAGGGUUCGCCUCCGCUGUUUUCACUUUUGGGACACUUGCAACAUCUUUCGCAUUACCACAAAGCACCAGCAGCUCUACCGACACCGUAAGUACUGCUAGCGGCAAUGCCACGCUCAGCACACUCAGCGGUUCUGCACAGCAAUUUGACUACGUGAUUGUGGGAGGAGGGCUUUCGGGUCUGGUAGUCGCCAAUCGACUCUCUGAAAACAGCACCGUCUCUGUUCUCGUCCUUGAGUUUGGACCGUUCGAUCGAAGCAAUACAACUCUCUGGCCGGCCAACGCUGUUCUCCUCAACACAGCCGACAUGUUCAACAUCACCUCAGCCGCGGAACCCGGGAUGGAUGGGCAUACCUAUUCCGUCCUGGCAGGUGCAGUGGCGGGUGGUGGCUCGACCGUCAACGGCAUGGAGUUUGAUCGUGCUUCCGCUGCAGACUACGAUUCGUGGGAGUUGCUCGGAAACCCUGGAUGGGGGUGGAACGACCUGUUUCCUUACUUCAAGAAGAGUAGCGAUUUCACGCCACCUACGCCCGCUAUUGAAGCAGUUUACAACUACACCUGGGACACGUCUGCUUACGGAAACGGCCCAUUGCAGGCGUCUUAUCCCGAGUUCCAGUAUCCUGACAACUAUCCUUUCUUUGAUGCCUUUGAAGAAAAAGGAGUUCCUUUCAUCAAGGAGCAUGCUCUCGGCAAUGCUGUUGGUGUUUUCUGGACUCCUGCCUCUGAGGACCCUAAGAAGAAGACCAGAUCGUCGUCUCUCAAUGCAUACUACGACCCGGUUUCUGGCCGUAAGAACCUCAAGAUGUUGGCUCAAUACCAGGUGACCGAGGUGCUCUUCGAUAGCGGUCUUACAGCUCAGGGUGUCAAAGCAACGGACAGGACCACUGGCAAACAGUACCAGUUCAAGGCAAAUAAGGAGGUUGUUCUUGCGGCGGGCGGUGUUCAUACACCGCAUGUUUUGCAGCUCAGUGGCAUCGGCCCCAAAGAUGUCCUGACAGCCGCCGGUGUACCCGUCAAGCUCGACUUCCCUGCCGUAGGAAGCAACUUCCAGGACCAUCCUACUGCUUAUCUCAACUGGAAUGUGAACAAUAGCUUUCCUUACCCCGGCAUCCUCUUCGCCAACGCUACAUACAAUGCUGAAGCACUAGCUCUGUACCUCAACAACCUGACUGGCCCAUACACCAAGGCGCAAGGAAGCAGCGCCGGCUUCCUGUCGCUCGACAUGAUCACCAAAAAUGGAGCCUCCAUGAUCGCCUCGCUCUUGGCCCAAAACCCUGUCAACUAUCUGCCUGCGAUCUACAGCGCCAGCAAGCAACUGUUGGCGGGCUUCCUUGCGCAGCGUAUGAUUCUCGCUGCGCAGAUCAAGGAAGGCUGCGUGGCUGUUCUGGAACUGCCAUUCCAGGGAUCUGGCUCCGUCCCAAAUGCCAUGCAGAAACCGCUCUCUCGUGGAACAGUCUACUUGAACUCCAGCGACCCUCAGGGAGAACCAGUUGUCACCUACUACGCCUUCACGAAUCCGUUUGACAGGGCACAGCUCGGUGUGAUGGUCAACUUCACACGUCAGCUCAUGGCAAGUGAUGCCCUUGCUUACCUGGAUCCUGUCGAGACUGUCCCCGGCCCGCAAUACCAGACUAGUGAUGACAUCUUUAACAAAUUGUUGGUUUCUCAGUCGACUUUCGGACCUCCAGCUCUGAACCCAACGUUCGCCCAUCCUAGUUGCUCGUGCCCGAUGAUGCCAAAGAGUCUUGGAGGUGUGGUCAGCUCGGACUUGCUGGUGUAUGGCACCAAGAAGCUCAGCAUCGUGGACUGCUCGAUCUUGCCCAUCAUCCCUGCAGCACACUUGCAAGCUACAAUGUACGCGGUGGCUGAGAAGGCUGCCGAUCUUAUUAAACAGCGUGCCUAA